UCCGACCAGUCGAACCUGACGCACCUGCCACGCCACGAGUACGUCCCGGGGGUUGGCACAGGGGUCGCAAAGUGCCCUUACGACCCUUCGGACAACUCUACUGCCGUCUGGGUGGAGCGAGGCAAUCCUGGUGACUUGCCCGGCCUGUACUCGGGGACCAACGCCGAGUUCACCAAAGCCGACACCGUCAUUUUCCGCACGGACUUGCACAACCUGACCACGGGGAGGAGAGAAUACACUUUCAAGAGGACAUUGAAGUACGACUCCAAGUGGCUCGACAAACCCAACUUUGUGGGCUCUUUUGACAUCGGAAAUUAUGUCUACUUCUUCUUCCGUGAGACGGCAGUUGAAUAUAUCAAUUGCGGUAAAUCAGUAUACUCGCGAGUCGCUCGUGUAUGUAAGAAGGAUACAGGCGGCAAGAAUAUCUUGUCGCAAAACUGGACUACCUACCUGAAGGCCAGACUGAACUGUUCUAUUCCUGGAGAAUUUCCAUUCUACUUCAAUGAAAUACAGAGUAUAUACAAAGUCCCUGGAGAUGAUAGUCGCUUCUAUGGUACAUUCACCACUUCAACCAAUGGGCUGAUGGGUUCAGCUAUUUGUUCAUUCACAAUUGAAGAUAUUGAAGAUGCUUUCCGAGGAAAAUUCAAGGAGCAGGCCCAUUCCUCCUCAGCGUGGCUCCCCGUUUUAAAUACCCGUGUCCCUGAUCCUCGCCCUGGUGAAUGUGUGAAUGACACUGAAACUCUGCCUGAUUCUGUCCUCAACUUUAUCCGCUCUCACCCACUUAUGGAUGCUGCUGUAUCUCACGAACGUGGGGUUCCCGUAUUCUUUAAGCGAGAUUUGAUCCUUACUCAUCUAGUUGUUGACAAAAUUAAUAUCAAUGUAGAUGGUGAAGAGAGGAACUAUGUUGUUUACUACACUGGCUCUAAUGUUGGUCGAGUGUACAAAGUGGUGCAAUGGAUUAAAUCUGACGGUGAACCUCAAUCUAUUCUUCUUGAUGUGUUUGAUGUGACCCCAGGAGAACCCAUUAGGUUGAUGGAAAUUUCACGCCAGCAAAAGUCGCUUUACGUUGCAUCUGACCACCGCAUUCGUCAGGUUGACCUGGUCAUGUGCAAUAGACGUUACAAUAAUUGUCUACGAUGUGUCCAUGACCCUUACUGUGGUUGGGAUAAAGACACUUCAACUUGUAAAAGCUAUGAAUAUGGUUUGCUUCAGGAUGUUUCUAAUGACACUGCUGGUGUUUGUGACUCAUCAGUCCUAAAGAAAAAGUUAGUUGUGACAUGGGGUCAGUCUAUCCACUUAAGCUGCUUUUUGAAAAUGCCUGAAGUCCUAAGGUCACAAACUGUUACUUGGUACCAUUAUUCCAAAGAGAAAGGCCGUUACCAAAUUCAAUUCAGGGCUGACAAAUAUAUUGAGACUUCUGAGCAUGGCUUAGUAAUACUAGGUGUAACAGAAGCCGAUGCUGGACGCUAUGACUGUUGGAUGGGAGGUUCGUUACUAUUAUCUUACAACAUCACUGUUGAUGCACACCGUUGUCUUUCACCAAAUAAAAGCCAAGACUACCAGAAAAUAUAUUCAGACUGGUGCCAUGAAUUUGAAAAGUAUAAAAUGGCAAUGAAAACAUGGGAACGGAAACAAGCACAAUGCAGUUCGAGGAAAAAUGACAGCAAUCAAAACGCUCAUCCAAAUGAAAUAUAUCAUGAAAGCCCUCUCCUCUGAUAAGACUUGUGUUGUCUUAUGGACUGAAGACUGAUUUGCUGCAGCACUCUCCAGUAUAAUUGUCAACCCAAUCAAGUUACUUUUGGUCUGGAGAAAUCACAUGCAAUAAUGUAUUUAAAUGAUGAGACACUUCUACUUUUGAAGACUAUUAAUAAUGUUGUGAUUGGUGUGUUGUCUGUGUGUGCUUGAGUGAGAAUUGUCCCAGUGAUCAUGAUCAAGGGUGUACCUUAGUAAAAUAAAAUUAUGGGUUAACUGCAUUCAAUGUUUUACUGGUUGCGUUAAAAAUCUACUCAUUAUUUUAAAGAUUUGUUCAAAUGAAAUAAGUUUAUCUGAGCUUCUAAGGAAAACAAUUAUUUGCUCUGUGCCUGAUAAGUUUUAACUUGUUUAUGAAAAUAAUGUAGGACUGUUCCAGAUAGUUUACAAUUCAAGGUUGCUUUCAGAUUCCCCUCUCAGCAAUGAGAACAUUCUGCUCUCUAUACAUGGGGGAAGCCAUGCAAGUGCCAAGGGUUGUUUGGAUUUUCUGAUGGAUUUGUACUGUUACAUCUAGCUUACUCACACAAUAUAAUAUGAUAUAUUUAUAUGCAAGUCAAGAUUUUUUUUGUUAAGUCAAGAAUUAUGGCAAAGACUUGCCUGUGCCCUCUCCCCACCCAUUAAUUCAUGAAGUUGUUAUCAUAGUGAAUGUUAUUUAAUUUAAGGCUAAAAUUAAUGUUUUGUUAAUGAAGGAGUGUAAAUAUUAAUGAAGUAGUACAUACAUUAAUAAGUAAGUUUUCUGUUUGAAGAAGUUUGUAUCUUCAUGUGAAAUCACAUUAAGGCUUUUUCAUCUUUAGAACACUCUUGUUGCAUAGCUUUCUUUUUGCCACCAGCUGUUCCCUAAUGUACAUUAGUAAUUAUAGAGGACUAUUUACAAAUGAAUCUCAUAUUUUUUAUGCCCUUUGUAGAAGAAUUGUGAUGAUAGGUCAUUGUAUAAUAAUGUUUGAAUGUUGUCUCUAACCCAUUCAAUUCUUUUUGUUAACAGUCGAUGACAUGUUUUGUAAUGAACCAACAAGUUUUCCUGAGCCCAUGUUUAUUGUUUCUCUUGUUUCUACUUUUAUCAUUUGCUGUAGUCUUAGUGUUCAACUUCAUCUCAUUCAUCCUUAUUUAAAGAAUGCAAAUAGUUUACUUUGUUCAUUAAAACAUUUGGAAAACUUAAUUUUGGUUCUGAUAUGAUUUACAUUCACAUUUCGUUUACUUGUCAUGGUUCAUUAAUUCUAAAUCCUUAACUCUCUUUGACUUUUACUCAGUUUCCACUUUUCAUUAAUGUUACAUCAUAGCAGUCCCUUUGUACAACUUAUUAUCUUUACCUUUAGAAUUUGACAUGUAUGAUACUCUGCAGAGAAGAAUUAAUUGAUUGGUUGGUUCAUUGAUUUUUGAAAUAGCCUUGAAAAGCCACUAAUCUGCACCAUUCUUUGCAAUUUUAAAGUCAUAUGGUUGAUCUGAUAAAAUAUGUGACAUAUCCCACUCUUAUGUAUUCUGACCUAAGUAAUUUUGAUUAAAUUUGGUACUCUAGGAUAUUUUCUUUGAAACUAGUUUUUUAAAUGGACUGAAUGUGAUGUAACAACUUAAACCGCUUUUCUGUGAUGCAUAAGAAGUUUCCUUACCGGUGGCAUCAGCAAUGAACUUUUUCAUUUUCUUUGCUGAUUUCUAUCAGUUACAUUGAGAUUAGAAAGUGUGAGGAACAAUUAAUACCUUACUAGAAUGUGACAUAGAACAUAAAAUGUCAGACAAGGUUGUCCCUUGAAUUACAUCUUCUCUGAAGACUUUAAUUGCCUUUUUACCCAGGUAGGACAUGUUUGUCAAAAUGAUGUCACAAUGAUCUCAUUUUCACGUUCAUCGUCAAGAUUCACUGCGGCUAGGUAGCUAGAUUGAGCUCAUUUUGACGUCAAAUGAGGGUCAUUGACGAGUUUUUGACAAUUGUUUUCUACCUGGGUAAGUAGUUUGGUAUUU